CGCUCUUAAUUUUUAUUUAUGUGGUGCACCCGCUUAUCUGUUGUUUAUCGAACAAAUAAUCUAUUCUCCUCAGCCUUUUAUUUCCGUAAUUUCUAUUCUCUAACCAAUUGAAUAAGCAGUAAUGGAAAACGGGCAUGUUCAGCAUCUCGAUUGCCCCGCGUCCACCAUUACGCCUGUUCCAGGCUGCCUACCUUCUCUCUCCUUUCUAUCGCCAGUCACAUCGCCAUGUCAUCCUUAGAUUCACAAGCACUUUCGCGAAAAGAGCGGCUCGCGCAACUGCGGAACUUGAAGCGCAAGAGAGAGGGAGAAGAGCAGAAGGUGGAUGGGGAGGAGGAUACGGUGGUGCGAGGAGAUGAGAAAGAUGGGGGAGAAGUUGGUGAUACUGCUAGCAUAUUAUCAAGACGAAACUACGAUCCAGAGGCGCGGGCUCCAAAGCAAGGAUUUUUCGAGCCGCCGACGAUGACAGAACCGACCGUCGAAGAAGAAGCAAAACGGAUCGAGCGCGAAGGUCUCGGCGAACACAGCAGCGAAGAAAAACCAGAAGCCAACUCCGACGAUAACAACAACUCUGAAGGAGAAGAAGGAGAAGAAAGCACAGCAGCACAAUCCGAACUCGACGUAAGCAGUCUCCGUCCCCGCGCAGCAAACUGGGAUAUCAAGCGCCAGAUCGCGAGCAAGCUCGAGAUCCUCCAGCGACAAACCGACGUGGCGAUCAACAGAAUCGUCAGAGAACGCGUCCGCAGCGCGUCCCCCGGCGCGAGCGCGAUUCCCGCCGGCGUCGAUUUGAAUAAGGCGAUGGAUAAAAUCGAGGCUGGCUCUGCGCAGUGAUUAUUUUUUGGUUUCUGUUUUGCAGGGUUUGUUUGUUUCUCGGGUGUAUGGCUACAUAAUUGGAGCUUUGUAUAUAUAAAGCUGUUGUAUAAUAGGGUAUAUAAACACCGUUUCUGUCUAAAUCAACCAAAUAUCUUCAG